CUGAAGCGAGGAUCGUGCGUUAAGGGUCUAAAGACUCGCAUCGAACAGCAAGCAGGAGUACUACCACACACUUACUACUUCACGUAUCUGGACGCGGCUCCCCUGCAGGAAGAUAGAACACUGCGCGACCUUGAAAUUGUAAGUGGGGCCGUGCUACGAGCCGUCGCGUGGCGGCUGUGGCAAGAGUUGGUUGCAUCCACUGUACGAGGAGCCGUGAGGCAGUGCUGUGAAGAACUGCGAGCGAUCGGCGACAGAGGAGAUGAGCCUUGGCAGAACUACUGUGCCUGGUGCUCAGCGUUCACUGCGGCCCACGGCGGGCACCAUGUCCUGCUUGCCGAGUUACUCAAAGGCUGGCCUGCCCUGGCCGUCAACGCGCAGAGCCCCAGUGGCUGGACAGGUCUUCACGCAGCGGCGGCCAUGGGGCGAUGGAAAACUCUUUGCAUACUCCUUGACCACGGCGCAGAUGUUACUGUAAGAGACAGUCAAGGAACAUCAGCAGCAGACUUGGCACACAGCAAUGGUCACAAAAAAUGUGAGCAGAGCCUUCGUUUCUGUGAGUGGAACAUCAAGAAGUACAGAAUAGUAAAAGAGAGGAGAUGGGACCAUGAUGCAGGCAGAGAGCGAGAAGCAGCCAAUAGGAGGGCCCACCAGUUUACUGACUCAAGGAACAGCACCUGGCUGAGUGGACCACGGGGCUCCGAAUACCGCCUUCACAUUCCCAACCCAGUCUCUGUCAGGGAUGUGCACCAGUUCCGAGCCAGUCAACAGGAGAAGACACAGGAGAGCCGGCUGAAGCUUCCACCCGUUACAGCCACACCCAGUGUGGAAACAUUUGACUACGGCUGGUUUGACAAAUUGAGAGCCCAACAACUUGUACCAAACACCCACCAGAUUUUGACGUACUCUGAUCCAUCCUCCACUUCACUCCAACCUCGCUCCCUUCUCAAUCCCAAUGGCUACCUUCUUCCCUCUACACUUCCCAGAGAAAAACACUUAUAGCAGCUUACACACAUGCACACACACAUGCACACAGCAAUGUCAGUAGCAGUGAGUAUGGUAUAUAUCAGCAGUUUGUCACUGGAGUGGAACAAAGGCGUUUUGAGCCGCUGGAAACUUGAUGUUGUAUGCAGCUUCUGGGAUAUACUGCACCACAAUCUGCUUUCCUGCAUGCCAGAAACAGGCUGGGGUCAAAACCAGCAAAUGAUGCAUGUACAUUGAGCAUACAACCUGCAAAGAAUCUUCCAUUCAAACGGUUGAAAGCUGCAGUAGCCACUUGCGCUGAGGAACACUUGACGUACACAUUUCCUUGAGACAGUUUGUCCACAUGGAUGUGGUACACAGAGCCAGCCUGGGAGCAUUCCUCUAGCACAUCAUCUCUAAUGUCAUUCUCCCAGCCUGGCUCACUUUCACUGGACACACACACACACACACACAUUAGC